CAAAAUCUAGCUAGCAUUGCAAUUUGAAGCUAAAAAGAAAACUUAUGGGAAUCAAUAUUCCAAAUGAAUCUGAAACAGAGAAUCAUCGUCAUCAUCCACUGUUACAGUCACAACUUGAACAAAACAACACCAACAAUUCUUUGAUCCAACAAACAUAUUUGGAAUCAAAGAAACUAUGGCACAUUGCUGCUCCUUCCAUCUUCAGCCGUCUAACUAUGUUCUCCAUCACCGUCGUCACUCAAUCUUUCGCCGGUCAUCUCAACGAUCUUGACCUUGCCGCCAUUUCCAUUGCUUGCACUCUCCUCAUCGCCAUCACUUUCGGCUUCUUGCUUGGAAUGGCGAGUGCACUUGAGACCCUUUGCGGCCAAGCUUAUGGAGCAGGACAGUACCACAUGUUGGGUGUUCAUCUACAACGUUCUUGGGUUGUUUUGUUCUUGUCUUCAAUUUUGUUGCUACCCAUGUUUGUGUUCGCCACACCUAUUUUGAAGUUAAUAGGACAACCUAUUGCAGUUGCCGAACAAGCGGGUUUGGUUGCAAUUUGGUUGAUUCCAUUUCAUUUGAGUUUCCCAUUUCAAUUCACGCUGCAAAGAUUCUUGCAGUGCCAGCUGAAAACCGCGAUUAUAGCUUGGGUUUCGGGGGGAGCACUUGUGAUUCAUGUGAUAGUGAGUUGGAUUUUUGUUUAUAAGAUGAGAAUUGGUAUUGUUGGGAUUGCUCUUACUAUUGAUUUCUCUUGGUGGCUCUCAGUUAUAGGAAUGCUUGUGUAUACACUCUUUGGUUGGUGUCCACAUUCUUGGACUGGUUUUUCUGUUGAAGCUUUUGCUGGUUUAUGGGAUUUCUUUAAACUCUCUUUGGCUUCUGGUGUAAUGCUUGCGUUAGAGAACUUCUAUUACAGAAUGUUGCUUAUAAUGUCUGGUUAUAUGUACAACUCUGAUGUUGCAAUUGAUGCUCUUUCUGUUUGUGUAACUAUUUAUGGUUGGGAAUCCAUGAUACCACUUGGUUUUCUGGCUGCGACCGGGGUGCGAGUAGCAAACGAGCUUGGCGCAGGCAAUGCAAAAGGAGCGAAAUUUGCGACAAUGGUUUCAGUGGUAAAUACUGUACUGGUCGGUUUCAUAUUUUGGUUGAUAAUCGUUGUCUUCAAUGAGAAGCUUGCUUUGAUCUUUACAUCAAACUUAUCUGUAAUCAAAAUCGUCAAUGAGUUAUCAAUAUUGUUGGCUUUUACCAUUCUUCUUAAUUGUAUUCAACCUGUUCUUUCAGGCGUAGCAAUUGGAUCUGGCCGGCAAGCAGUAGUGGCUUAUAUAAACAUCGCCAGUUACUACUUGGUCGGAAUACCUCUUGGGAUUCUCCUAGGCUGGUUACUACCUUCCGGCAUUGUGGGUAUGUGGACUGGAAUGAUGAGCGGAACGGUUGUUCAAACAUUGAUCUUGGCUAUUAUUACUUCGAGAUACGACUGGGAAAGAGAGUAUGAUUGCUAUCUUGUUUUUAGGUAUGGAAAGCGCAGAUUAUUGUUAAGGACGACGCACCAUCCAACCUAAUCAUGUUAUAGUUAGACUAAUGAAAGUAGUAGUAAUUAUGACAAAAAUGCCAAUACAAGCCUAAUCAUGUCUUUCUUAAAGAGAAAAAGUGAAACUCAAAUUGUGCUACAAGAGCAAAAAAAUGAGGUUAUCAUUUGAGUAUAAUUUGGCAAGAUUUGUUAGUUGGAUUUUAGGAUUAUAUUCAACUUCUAAAUCCCUACAAUCUACCAAUAUUAAUCAGAGUGGUUGUUGUGAUAAUAAAUAACCAUCUUCUUUAUAUUGAAAAUGUAAAAUAUCAUAGGAAUUUUUUAAUAAAUCUUUAAGAAUAUUUGAAUAUGGUUAUCAUUAUAUCCUUACAUGUAUGUAUCU